UUCCCUCUGCAAGAUCUCUUGGUGCUUCUGGACUGGAGGAGCAGGCGAGUUCGACAUCCGACGUCUGCUGAUUGGCAGGCGUUUCAGAAACAACUUAAAUCCCGUUUUGGACCGCAAACUUGAUACGUGUAUUCUGGCGGCAGCUCCGGCCUCGCUUUCCUCCUCGCCGAAAGCUCGUCUUUCAGCAUCACCCGUCAUGUUCUCCGCGGCGCGUCUCAGACUCACGGCUUGUGGGGUUCUGUGGUGUGUUCUGGGUUUCAACGCAAUUUUUGUCAUGGCGGCUCUCCCUGCUCCCACUCUGCAUUUCACACAACCGGUCAACGGCACCAACAUUGAGCUGUCCUCCAAAGUCGUCAUGGAAUGCUUCCCACCAAAAGAGGCACAAUAUCCCAUCUUCCUCAACCUGGGGAAACAAGAGCAGCCACUCGUCCCCCUGCUGUUUUACAGGCUCACGUCCUACAACAGCGUGCUCUUCACGAUUCCGGCCGUCGAGGAGUAUGAGGGGCUCUUUGUGUGUUGGUACAAUGUCAGCAAGACAAAUGAGGUGUCUGCACCCAGCAAAGCUACGAACCUAAACAUCACUUCUUUACCUGUCCCAAGCAUUUCCGUGAAACCGACCUUCAUUCGAACAGGGAAGAACUACUCGGUCUCUUGCGUAACGUCGACCUACUUCUACAACGCCACCUUCCGCAUUUACUUUCGCGACGCAGCAGGUUCCGCGCAUGACGGGGCGCUGCAGCUCUUUGGAAUCCUGAAUCUGAAUGGCACUGGAGUAAUAACUUAUAGGGACGUUGCAGAGGAGAAUGAGAGGAGGGAGUACAUCUGUGACGUUGAGGUCUUCUACAGAAAUCGCAUCCUGAGGUCUCCCUUCUCCAGGUCUUUGACUGUCACUGCAGAAAUGCUUCCAGCGCGCCUACUCUCUGACAUCCAGGGGAUCCGGUGCAUGGGGAAGCUGGAGGUGUUUGAGGAACAGAAGUGGUACCCCGUGUGCAUGCCUUAUGGCCUGAAGGAGGCCACAGCCCAAGUGGCUUGCAGAGAACUUGGAUGUGGCAAGGUGGUGCAAUUAGACACCAGUACAAAUUCUCUCCAGUCCCGUUCCUUUCAAUGUUCUGGAAACGAGGGGCGUCUCCGGGACUGCAGCUUUCCCUCGGAACGGAGGUUCUGCAACCGUGAUUAUAACCUAUGGGUCAUGUGUUCAGUUUUCGCUGAGGAUUUUCUUCCAGCUCCAAAGCUUUCAAUCAACGGUUUUAAUUUUUUAACCAGUGUUCAUGUCUAUGAAGGAAACUCACUGGAAGUCUACUGUACAUUCAAUGCUCCUUGGCUCGGUAACAAGACGGUGAGCAUUGCUUUGAAGGAAUUAAAUCAAGGUGUGAAAUCGUCAUUUUUUUUGACUACUGCUGGGAAGACAGUUGUCUUUACGAUGUCCUCCCCUGUGUCUCCCGGUGACUAUGCCUGUAUCGCGAGGUUUGACGACUCCUUCCAAACCAUUUACAGUCCAUCUAGCAACAGUGUGACCAUCACCACUGGAAAGCCUCCAAAUGUUGGCCUCAUUGUGGGAGCUCUCAUAGUAUCUCUGAUAGGUGCUGGAAUUCUAGUCUGCUUGUGCGUCUUUCGGGUUAGUGAUGGAGAGACACAAACUGAUAUGAAUGCAUUGGAGAAAAAUGUGGAGAAACCUGCCUCUGACCUGGAGGGUGAAGAGAUGCAAUGAUGUGCCAGUGUGCAGCACAGCAGCGCCGCCAAGUGCAAUGGUGCCAUUGACAGCUGAUGUCAUCGAAAGUGGCGUGUAAUUCGUCUAUCAACAUCUUCUCCGCUAUUUUACAUGCUUUCUCAUGGCUUUUCUCAGGUGGAAGAUAGAGUUCCUAGCGUGGUACCUGUCACACAUUUAGGGUUCCUACCUCUUAGAAAAGUCUUCCUUUCGCUGAGGGUUCCAUUUGAUGAUGGGUUGCCCUGAAAGGCUGCAUUUCGCACUGAUUUAAUAUAUGAAACAUUGCUGUAGUAACACCUACAUGUUUAAGUACAGAAAUAAACGAGUAGCGCUCUUAUUGAAGAAACAAGAUUUUAAAAUGUUUCAGAUUAAAUGUACAUUUAUUCAUUCAGAUGCUGUUUUUCUCCAAAGUAACUUUGAGCAGCUUAGAAUUAUGUACCAGUUUACACAGCUGGGUAGUUUUACUGGAGCAAUUUAUGGCAAGAACCUUGCUCAAGUGCCCUCCACCUGGCAGUGGGAUUCCAAACACUGACCUUUUGAGGCAGGGGCAACACUUCUAACCACUAUUCUAUCAGUUGCCUCUAGUGAGCAGCUGCUUCUGUUAUUAACAAAUGACUCUCUCACACACACACACACAUAUCACUUGUCCCAAGCAGGGUCACAGCAAACUGGAGCCUAA